AUGCACAAGGUCCGGCAUUGCAUAACUGUCGCGUGUGGAGAUUUAGACAGAGCUACGCAAAUUUUAUUGCAUCGUCAAGAAACUGGACAAAGUCUAAGAAGUGUUCCAAUUGCUCUGACUACCAACAGGCACUGUCAUGCUUCUAUUGAUGACUCCGAAUUAAAAAAUCGAAUUAUAGAAAGGUACAGUUAUGUUGACAAAUGUUCCGAUCUUCGGGAGCAUCAUCCAGUGGCGCCGAAGUACGAGCCGAAGAAACUGGUGCGAUAUCGUGACAAUAAAAUAGUUUCUUUAAAGGGUGAGCGAUAUACGGAAGUAAGCCAUGUCGUUGGUGAUGAACCCAAGAAGUCAAGACGACCUCAUUGUCCAUAACCACUGUUUUACGUAAGCUGGCCAUAUUGUAUUUAUUUAUCGCACAUUCCCAUUUCUGGUAUUAGUAUUAUCCAUUCUUUUAAGGAAUUUAAACGAAUAUCUUAGUUUAUAUUGAU